CUUUUCUCAGGAGGCACGUUUGGCCUGCGCUUUCUUUUAUGGGUUGUUUAUUCUUUGCUUUUCUUUCUUUAUACGGCUCCGCAGCAGGCGAAGGGACUAACCUGACCGUCACUCGCUUCUGCAAGUCUCUCUAGCCUCGGCUCUCAGGCGAAACCAUCCAUCAUGUCUUACCUGCAGCAGCAGAUCAAUAAUUUCAACGCCAGCGUCGUCUCAUCAGCCGGCCGAUUACCACAGCAGAGACGCAUCGUCGGCAACAGCCAACCUACCUCUUCAACUCCUUCACAAUCCGCAUCCACCCCCGGCACCCCAGGUGCGGGUGGUGAGCAACGACGCCGCCAUGACCCUAACAUUGUGUACUCCCAGCCCGCAGAUACCGGCACGGGGAAGGAUAUCAUGACCAAUGUGCUCUACGCAAUCCAGAAGCUAAAGGAAAAGAAUGCGCCACUCACGUUCGAGGAUAUUGUUGGGUAUCUCUCGCUGCAAGAACGACGACAUGACCAAGGCUACGUUCGUGCGCUGCGAAGUAUCUUGCAGGUCCACGAAAAGAUCAACUACGAUCCUGCGGGAGAUGGGGGAAAGGGAACAUUCAGCUUCCGGCCGCCGCAUGAUAUCCGCACCGAAGAGCAGCUGCUGCAAAAGCUGCAGGCGCAAACAACCAUGACGGGCAUUUCUGUCAAGGAUUUGAAGGAGGGCUGGCCUGAUGUGGAACAGGGAAUCGAUAAGCUCGAGAAAGAAGGCAAAUUGCUGGUGACACGCAACAAAAAAGACAAUCACCCGAAGAUGGUUUGGGCCAAUGAUCCGUCACUCGUCCAUCACUUUGAUGACGAGUUUCGGAAUAUAUGGGAGAAGACGAAAAUCCCCGACCAGCAGCGCGUUACAGAGGAGCUUGAAAAGGCCGGGAUGAUACCGGCCAACAAGAACAAAGUGGUCAAACCACGGGUGAAGAUCGAGCAAAAGAAGACCAAGAAACCCCGGCGAACGGGCAAGACGACCAACACCCAUAUGAUGGGAAUUCUGAGAGAUUAUUCGCAUAUGAAACGAUAGAUAAGGCAUCAUUUAUUCGACAUUUCCGGUAUGCAUUGCAUUGGCGUUGGGGUUUAAUUUGUUGUAUAUUAUUAUUUUCUGCAAUGCGCGCUCAUUCCGCAAAGACUGUACUUUUAAGACGGCCAUGAAAAGUAGGAUGAGACAGAUACCCAAUAAAGAACUUGAAUUAAAGAC